AUGGCGGCCCCGAAAGCUGGGUCCAUCGUCGGUUCCGCUCGGGGCGGGAAGUCCUUCCUGAUCGACCUCCUGAACGGAACGGAGGGCGUAUUCACAUUGGACAACGGCGGGCCCUGCACCGAGGGAGUGGACAUGAGCCCCGCGCUGCUGCCGCACGCGGCCUUCGCCGCGCGCUUCGGCGCAAGGCCCAAUGCGAAGGCCCCCCCGAUCCGCUUCCUGGACGUGGAAGGGUCCGGGAACAAGGGCGAGGAGUAUGACGUCAGGCUGUACGUGGGCGUGCUGCUGCUGUCCAAAGUGUGCAUCCUGAACCUGUCGGGCCACAUGGGAAAGCAGACGUUUCUGAGCAGAGUGGCGGCGCUGACCGCGGCCGCGGAGUCGCUCGACUUGGCGAAGGGCCGCACACGCUCCGAGGCGCCGCUGUUCGGCCACCUGCACGUGGUCUGCCGAAACUUCCAGUUCAAGGGAGCCGAGACCAAGGAAUACGAGAGGUAUAUUUGGGAAGACGAAGCUGGAGAUGACGCCAAGGAUCGCAACUAUCUCCGGAAGCAGCUGAAGAGGAGCUUCAAGAGCAUCACGGUCCACCUGUUCCCGAAACCAGAAAAGGGCCUCGACCAGAAGCGCAUCCCGUGGGCCCAGAUAAACGACGACAAGCCUUUCCAGGCCAGCCUCACGAAGCUAGGCGCGGCCAUAAGCGAUCAGCUGUCCGACGCCGCGCCCGCGCGCGCCGCGGCCGGGGCCGUCGUUCUCGAGACCGGUGCAAUCAUGGCGAGCGUCUUGAGAGUGACGCUGGAGAAGGUCAAUCAGGGCGACCGGUUGGCGAUCCCCGACCUCUGGGAGACGCUAUGCCAGGCAGCGCUGGCAAAGGAAAAGCAGGCGGCGGACGAUUUCGCGGACGAGCUCCCGAAGCGGUUUCCCCUGAAGCCCGCGGACCUCGCGCAAGCGAUCGGCGCGGCCGCGCGGCAGCGCGCUACUGCGCUGGGCGUCCAGCUGGACACGUGUCAGGCAUCGGCGGCCAUGCGCGCGGAGCACGUGGCGCUGCUGGAGGCGCACCUCGCGCGCGCGCGCGCGGGGCUGGAGGCGGCGAACGCGGUCCUCGUGGGGAAGAUGUGCUCGGGGAUCGUCACCGAGGAGAAGGCUAUGCUCGUGGCGGAGCUGAAGAAGGUUCCACAGACCCCUUCCGCGCCCGGGGGUCGAAUCUCGAGCACGCAAUACGUGGCUUCCUUGGCGGCCGUCAUGAGUGCGCGCGAAAACGGUCUUCUGCGGCGGCUCCAGGAGUGGGGCCCGCCCGACGCGUACCGAUCGGCCACGUCGAAGCUGGUGGCGGAGCAGGCGCGGCGCGAGGAGGCCGAGCGAAAGGAAAAAGCGGAACGGGAGGCGGAAGAGCUGCGCCAGCGGAAGGAGGCGGAGCGGAACCGGCAGGAGCAGCUCGACCGCGAGCGGCGCGCGCAGGAGGCGGCGCUUGAGGAGGCGACAAACGAACGAUUUUCGCGGCGCUUCUAUUCCCCGCCCUGGUGCAAUCCAAGCAUGUACAGCUAUGGUCCGUCGCCGUGCGAUUUUGACUACGGUCCGGUCCGAGGAGGGUACGGGGGGUACGGAGGGGGUUACGGAGGGGGAUGUGGGGGGGGAGGAAAUUUUUAUAAGGGAGGUCAGUUUCUGCCGGGGGGGGGCCGUGCUCCUGCAGGAGGCUGUCGGAUGUGA